AUGACAGGUAGUGAACUUUUAAGUAAUCAUCGAUGGAAACAGGGGCCGGACUUUCUAAUGAAAUCCGAAAAUGAAUGGCCUCAGAGACCGAUAGACCUGGGUCAAAUACCAAACAAUGACCCAGAAGUGAAGUCAAAUUCCACCGUCUGUGCUAACAAUGUCAUUGCCCAAGACUCAAUUUCAAAGGUCAUAGAUCAUUACUCAAGUUGGAACUCAUUGAGAAAAACCAUUGCAUGGCUUUUACGUUACAAGUCAAAGCUUAGAGAAGCAGUUCGAAGGAGCAAGAGCGGAAUGCCUCUGCUGUCCGAGAAGACGGUCACUCCAAUAACUGUACUGGAGAUCAAUGGUGCGGAAUCCGCUAUUGUAAGACACAUACAGCAGCAAUGCUUUGGAAACGAUCAAGUCGAAUUGAGAAAAAAGACUAGCAGUAUAUACAAACUGGAUCCUAUUUUAGUGGAAGGAAUUGUACGUGUAGGAGGGCGUCUUCAUAAUGCACCAAUUGACAUUGACACGAAACAUCAAAUCAUCUCCUUAAGGAGAUUUAUUGCUAGAAGAGGGCAACCGGAGGAGAUGAGAUCAGACAACGGAGGAAACUUUGUAAGGGGAGAGAAAGAGCUGAAAAAGGCUAUAAAUGAUUGGAAUCAAUCCCAAAUUCACGAAUUUCUUUUGCAAAGAAAUAUCAAAUGGACAUUCAACCCACCUAUGGGAUCACACGGAGUGUGGGAACGGUGCAUAAGAACCGUUCGGAAAGUAAUGUUAGCUGUGUUAAAACAGCAAACACUUGAUGAUGAGGGUCUGAACACCCUAAUGUGCGAGGUAGAGGCUAUUGUUAAUGGAAGGCCGGUCACAAAAGUUUCUGAUGAUCCACACGAUAUAACACCAUUAACACCUAACCGUUUGUUGCUUCUACGAGGAGGAAAUAACUUGCCACCUGGUAAGUUUACUAAAGAAGAUGUAUAUAGUCGCCGACGAUGGAGGCAGGUUCAGUACAUGUCGGAUAUAUUUUGGAGACGUUGGACUCGAGAAUACUUGCCAUCACUACAACAGAGACAAAAGUGGAACAAGCCACAGAGGAACUUUGUAGUGGACGAUAUUGUGUUAGUUCUCGACGAGAAUACACCUCGGAAUUCUUGGCCGUUGGGAAGAAUUCUGGAAGUUUACACCAAUCGUAGCGAUGGACUUGUACGCUCAGUUAAGUUGAAGACAAACACCUCAAUGCUUGUGAGACCAAUUGAUAAACUUGUUCUUCUGGAGGAUGCUACUAAAUCGGCUGACAAGUAA